ACACUGUUAUGAGCAUCAAGGGUGGCUUCCAGAUUAACAUUACAAGCUCUACCAAUGGUACCUACACCAUAAACAUUAAAGAGAAGGGCUCACCUGAAAUUGUAAAGAAAUCCAACGUUCAGCACUCCAAUCAAAACACAGCACAUAAUAUCCUGACACAUAAACACCUGAAGCCCUGCACUGAAUAUAAGCUUAAUGUGGCUUUUAUUGAACUGAAUGCGAGCAAAGAAACCCCCUGUAACGAUGCUGGAAAUGAAAUCACAAAGACAAUUGGAAUGCGUAAAGAUGACAUUAAAGAAGUCAACUGCACCCCUGGAUACGUUUGUUACCGUAGUGAUUGGAACAUCAGCUCUUCACUGUCAACAUCAAAUCACAUUCAAGCUGAGCCAUGCAAAAGUGACAAUAAAAUAUUGUGUAUCAUACCUCGUUAUGAUGACAUCUGCUCAGAUUUGACCACAACCUUCACUUCAGGAAACUGUUCAAACUCCUUUAGCCUCACCAAAAGCAUCCCUGUUGAUUUCUUAAAUUCAAGUAAAAUAAGUCAGACUGUUCCCACUGGACUUCCUGCAGAAAUAGAAACAACAUUUCCUCCAAACUGUCAUGAUCUCACCGCCAAUUACACCUGUUGGGAAAGUGGAAAACUCAAUGAGCCCAAGAAAUUGCCUGAGUUGGAGCACAACUGAGAUCAGCUUCGAGGUUGACUGUGAUCUUACAAUUAACCCAAUGCCGAGUGCAACCAAUACCUCCAUUGUGUUGAGUUGGACCACGACCAGUAACAACUGUCAAGAUGUCCUUUCUCAUCUUCAGAAGCUUUCUUAUGGCUGCAGCUGUGACUCUAAUUCCAAACAGAAACCCACAAUUGCAGUGAACACACAUCCACAAACAGGAACAUGUCAUUUUACUGGACUGACACCAUACACCGACUAUAACUGUAAAGUCCAACUCACCUACAACAAGAAGAACGUUGGCAAACCAGCUGAAGUGAAACAGAAAACUGCGAUUGGAAAGCCAGAACGUGUGACUAAUUUGGUGGUGACUGUUCCAGAGCAUAAUGUGAUUAAAGUAACCUGUAAUGAACCAAAAACUUUAAAUGGACCUGCAGUGAAAUACAUUGCAUGUCUUGAUGAUUGCAGUGGAACUCUGAAGGAGAUAGAUAAAAAUUGCAAUUUUGAAUUCAGAGAUCUUAGCUACUCUACGACCUACACAUUGAAGGUGACUGCUGUCAACAGUAUAUUUGAGAGCAACCCCGAGAUAAAACAAGUGGACACUCGCUAUAAUGACAAAGCUCACAUUGGGUUUCGGGUCGCCUUUUUCAUCAUUAUCACAUGUGUGGUCCUGGCUGUGGUGAUCUACUUUCAGAAGCGCAGGAAGUCCAGAGAUGACGUGAAUGAAGAUGUGAUGCUUGAAGAAAUUUAUAUUAACGAACCUCGUUGUAAAGACACUGGCUUAUGAAGGAAGGCCUGAUGCAGCAGCGAAAUAACUCAUCAUUUACACCUAUUAAUUUGUUCUGUAUGCAGUAGGCCUUUUAAUCUGUCUACACUGGCACUGAGUCUGUUUGGAUUGAUAAUGACUUGUUUGAAAGAAUGUUUUGUUUUCCUGACUCUGUUGGAUAAUACUUUUUUUCCUGUUAUUUAAUGUGCACCUUGUAACAAGUGGAACUGUUCUUGUGUUCUUUUCUACUUUCUUUGCUCUUAAUCUCAAUGAGCUGAGAUAAUGACACAAACUUUAAAUGUAAGGUGACACAAUUUAGGACUAAUAAAAUAAAUUACAUAAAGUUGUAGAUCAGGACCAUAAAAGGUGUCUUUGAUCAUCUUCCAGCCGACUUGUGUGGUGAGCAUUCUGGCGCAAAAUGGCUGCCGUGCAUCACCCAGGUGGGUGCCACGCUUUUGGUUUUGAGCCCCCCCCCACUCCACUCUGAAGUGGUUUGAGUUACUAUGAUAAAGCGCUAUAUAAAUGCAUUAUUAUUAUUAUUAUUAUUAUUAUUACUUCUUUCUCUUCAGCGACGCUCAAGUGAAAAUUAAACCAAGUAUUUGGUGCUAUGGCUGUAAACCUAUGAACAGUUUCCCAAACAGUAUAAUGUUGGACUGGCAGUGAGUAUUUUAAAAUCAUACUUAAAAAUGUACCUGUGUUGCAUGGCUUUGAGAUUAUAUUAUUGUUCUGCUGUAAUCAUCUCAUAUUGUCUAUUUGUAUUUUUCUUCCACCUAAAGAACAAUGACUGCAGCAGCUGCAAAAAUGUAUUGUAGACAUCACCUCCUAUAGGCAAGAAACAAUAUUGCUGCUGAAAUGUGAUACUUCCGCCACCUACAGGCAGUGAAAGCUAUAGGUGGAGUUUGCAGACAUGCGUUUAUGCUUUUUUCAGCUGCUGUAUUUUUGUGUCUAUUUUUAAGGUAUUACCUUUCAUAUUUAUAUGAAAACAUAUUAGAACUUAGUAUCAUACCAGCCUACGAUCGAUACUAAAUACUCAAAAUUAAAUACUAUAAAACUUGUAACUGUUAAACAUUAUAUGUCCAUCUUUUGGCUUGGGCUUAACAUGCAGCCUUUUCGGACAAGUGAAUCCACUUAGUUUGAAUUGUCAGAAGAAAUAAUCCUGUUUUCAGAAUCAUCUAUUGUACAAAUGAUCAAUAAGGAAGGGAAUUAAUUCAAUGACAACCAAAUGUAUGGUUCAAUUAGUACAAGAACUCGUCCUAGUUUUUCUCUACAUGCUGAUGAGAAACAUAGCCCUCUUUUGCCCAAAUUUGGAGGCAUUAUUCUGAGUAGCGACUAGCAUCCCUUAAUCUAUUGUGCUGUCAGAUAAAACGGUGGAUUUCGGCCAUCCUCAUCAGCUUCUAAAGACAGGAAAUAUGAAAUGACAUGAGAUUUACUAGGUUUGUUUGUUCAGAUGACAUAAUUCACAUGAACUUUUAGAUCAAUAAAAAGUCACUGCAGGAUGUAACUAAUGGAAUCAAAGAAGUCAGCACCUGAAGUCAGUAUUAUGUUGUUUAUCAUGGUGUGUUUAAAGGAAAAAAAAAGUUACUGUAUAUGAAUGUACUUACAAGCUGGUAUCAUUUGCCAGUCUAUUAAACGUUCCAACUCCUACUAUAAAUUCACUUUACAUGAAACGUCUCCUUUUGCCACAGAUAUUUACACUUUGUAGGUGAAAGGAGGCACAUGCUCAUCUGACCUAUGAAGUUCAGUCCUUCUUUACAAACGAAAGGGUCCCGAACGUCAGAUCUGAAACUGUUGCCGCUGCGGCUCUGCAACUGAAUAAUACUGGCUGGGCUUUGUAACGCUUGGCACUACCUAAACGCUUUAGUGUUUCCUUUUAUAUCAAUCAUCAAUUGAUGCUCCAAUCAUUCAAACAUUGAUACCUGUUCUAAAGAUUAGAUAAGAUGUUAAACACAUGAGACAAGUGUGUAAAGAUGACUAAAUAUCUGCUCGGCUGGGUCAGUGAACUCUUAAGUCCCAUCUUAAAACAUACUUUUAUAGAAGAGCCUUUCCUGA